AUGCUAGCCACCAGCAUCAUAGCCACCAGCAUGAUAGCCUUCAGCUUGCAUCUCAGCCUGCACUCCAGCCUGCUAGCCUUCAGCCUGCACCCUGGACUGCUAGAGCCUUAUAUGGAACACCUGAGGAGCCACUCUGACAUCCAGUGGUCACCCUUUGAAGGGACUUGCCUUGCCAUUAUCACAGUGUACUGUGGAGUCCCCAAAAGGAGGUUGGUCCCCAUGGCUCCCAACACCACUGGCUCUUUCAGCAGCCCAACACCACUGGCUCUCUCAGCAGCCCAGCACCACAGACCUGUUCCAGUUCCCGAACCAUCAGCUGUCUUGGCCAAUGCCCGGCCUGUUUCUGAGCCUGCCAACGUCCAGCCUGUUCCCGAGCCGUUGGCCACCCCUGCUGACGUCCAACUUGACCCCCAGCAGUCGGCCGCCUCUGCAGGCAUCCUGCCAGACCCCCAGCAGUUGGCCAUCACCGCUGAUUCAGCAGCCCCUGCUGACACCCAGCCAGACCUCCAGUCAGCUGACUCUGCUGACCCACAGCUAGAACUCCAGUUGGCCAUUUCUGCUGACCAACAGCCAGACCUCCCUGAUCAUCACUCAGCUGUCUUCGUGACACCUUAUCAGACCUCCAGCUGCCUGCUUCCUGCCCUGCACUCCGGUGGUCUGCCUGUCCUGCACCCUGCCCUGACCCUCAGCUGUCGAUUACCACUGACACCAGUCCUGCACUCCAGCUGCCGGCCUCCGGUGCUGCACUCCAGAUACCAGAUGCUUAUCCAGCAGCCUGCCCUGACCUGCAGCCAAAUCUUCUGGUGCCACCGGCUUUUCCUGACCUCCAGCCUUGUCACCAACCUUCUGAAUGGCCCAGCCUUUGUCGCCAUCCUCCAGAGCGUUCCUGCCUAUGUCGCUGGCCUCCAAGUGGUCCCACCGAUUUUGCCAGCUCUGCACAUCUGGUUGUCCUCUUGCCCGUCCUCCAGAGCUGCUUUGCCAGCAUCAAGACCGUUGUCCAGAACUUGUCCCUUCGGCCCUGCCUCCUUGUCUUCAUCCAGACCUGCUCUGCCCUUUGGUCCUCCAUCCUGGUCGCCCUCCAGAUCUGUUACACCCAUCAGCCCAGCCCCCAGGCUGUCUGCCUUAGGUCUCCUGCUCCACCCCUGUCCAGCCCCGAGGCCCUCCGCCUGAGAUCCCCAGUGGCUUCCCUAGCAGCUCCCAGGCCACUUGCCCCUGAAUCCCUCCUCCAGACCCCCUGCACCCACCCUGCUCGGUGUUCCUAGCUGGCCUGGAAGGACAUCUGGAAUCCGUCCCUUGGGGGGGGGGUUCCUGUCAGUCUAGCUCUAUGUCCCUUCCUUCAGCUGCAUUCCCACUUCCAGGUUCUUUGGUUGCCAUUCUUCACCAGUCCACCAGAUGCACUCAGACUUUUCUCCUUGCUUUCCAGAUCCUGCCACUCCCAUCUGCCCUGCAUCACUGCACUCGCAUCAUUCCCCUCACCUGAGCUUCCCCGCCCAUCUCCCCACCUGCACCUCAUUCUCCUGUCAGCCACUUACUUCAUAUACCGGCCCAGAUUCUUUGUUCCCUUGUCAGAUUGUUGAAGUUGUCAUGUUGCUUUUUGUCAGUGCUUUUGAGCUUCUGUUUUCUGUAUCCUGUUACCUGGACCUGUACCAUAUCUGUACCUGCUUGCCUGCCUGUCUGGAUGUUUCCCUGCUUCAUCCCUGCAACUCUGUGGAUUUAAUACUGCUGUUUGGACUGUUUGGACUUGCCACCCAUGCCGGUUUGCUGUCCCUGAUCUGAGAAGCACCUGAUUCAUCUGCACAUUGUUGGAAGAUGGGCGGAAAACCCCUUUUUACCUAUUUUUACUACAACAAUCUUUCUGUAACAUUAACCAAGUGCUGCGAGUGCCUAUACGGAACCAUAAACACUGUUAAUCCUGCUGUAGUAGCUACGGAUGGAUAUUGUAUUGCAACAGCAGAUAUUGGAAAACAAAUGAAAUAUGUUGUCUGAGAACAUUAGACAUCAUUAUGUGUCUCUGAAAAAGUAGUUGCUGUUGCAAAUUAGUAUUAGGCUGUGUAAACAUAAUUUCUGGGCCACAGGGUUGAUUUUUGCCACUGCUAUCUGUUAUCUGCCAUUAUCACUAUGGUUUCCCUUUUACAACUACUGCAGUACCACUACUAUUGCUACUACUACUAGACUAUUACACCACUACUACAGUUAUGAUUGCUAUAAGAUCUAUGGGAAGCUGUGUGUGAAAUGCCUAAUGAAGGCUGACUUGUCUUUUAAUACAAAAAUUAACUACAGCAAAAUACAAGUUUUUAAUGUUUUCUUUCUUCAUUUAAUUCAGAUGUUCAAAAAAUUAAACAUGAUUGAAAAAACA